UGCUGCCGGGAUCGCGUCUCUGUCCAUGAGGGGGGGAGGGGGUGGCGCGCGCGCCAUUUCUAGUCGUUUUCAAAGCGCCUCGCGCUGAUUCUCACGGGCCCGGCCGCCGGCCCCAGCUCUGCCCCGCAGCAUAAUAAAAUGGCUAAUCAGGUGAAUGGUAAUGCGGUACAGUUAAAAGAAGAGGAAGAACCAAUGGAUACUUCCAGUGUAACUCACACAGAACACUACAAGACACUGAUAGAGGCAGGCCUCCCACAGAAGGUGGCAGAAAGACUUGAUGAAAUAUUUCAGACAGGAUUGGUAGCUUAUGUCGAUCUUGAUGAAAGAGCCAUUGAUGCUCUCAGGGAAUUUAAUGAAGAAGGAGCUCUGUCUGUACUACAGCAGUUCAAGGAAAGUGACUUAUCACAUGUUCAGAACAAAAGUGCAUUUUUAUGUGGAGUUAUGAAGACCUACAGGCAAAGGGAGAAACAGGGGAGCAAGGUGCAAGAGUCUACAAAGGGACCCGAUGAAGCAAAGAUCAAGGCCUUGCUUGAGAGGACUGGUUAUACCCUGGAUGUAACCACAGGACAGAGGAAGUAUGGUGGUCCUCCACCAGACAGUGUGUACUCUGGCAUGCAACCUGGAAUUGGAACAGAAGUCUUUGUAGGUAAAAUACCAAGAGAUUUAUAUGAGGAUGAGUUGGUGCCCCUUUUUGAAAAGGCUGGUCCCAUUUGGGAUCUACGUCUUAUGAUGGAUCCACUGUCUGGUCAGAACAGAGGGUAUGCAUUUAUCACCUUCUGUGGAAAGGAAGCUGCACAGGAAGCUGUUAAACUGUGUGACAGCUAUGAAAUUCGCCCUGGUAAACACCUUGGAGUGUGCAUUUCUGUGGCAAACAACAGGCUUUUUGUUGGAUCAAUUCCGAAGAAUAAGACUAAAGAAAACAUUCUGGAAGAAUUCAGUAAAGUCACAGGUUUAACAGAGGGUUUGGUGGACGUUAUUCUCUAUCAUCAACCCGAUGACAAAAAGAAGAAUCGGGGGUUCUGCUUCCUUGAGUACGAGGAUCACAAGUCAGCAGCACAAGCCAGACGCCGGCUGAUGAGUGGAAAAGUAAAAGUAUGGGGAAAUGUAGUUACAGUUGAAUGGGCUGACCCUGUGGAAGAACCAGAUCCAGAAGUCAUGGCUAAGGUGAAAGUUUUAUUUGUGAGAAACUUGGCUACUACAGUGACAGAAGAAAUAUUGGAAAAGUCGUUUUCUGAAUUCGGGAAACUUGAAAGAGUGAAGAAGUUGAAAGAUUAUGCAUUUGUUCAUUUUGAAGACAGAGGAGCAGCUGUUAAGGCCAUGGAUGAAAUGAAUGGCAAAGAAAUAGAAGGGGAAGAAAUUGAAAUAGUCUUAGCCAAGCCACCAGACAAGAAAAGGAAAGAGCGCCAAGCUGCUAGACAGGCCUCCAGAAGCACUGCGUAUGAAGAUUAUUACUAUCACCCUCCUCCUCGUAUGCCACCUCCAAUUAGAGGUCGGGGUCGUGGUGGGGGGAGAGGUGGAUAUGGCUACCCUCCAGAUUACUAUGGCUAUGAAGAUUACUAUGAUGAUUACUAUGGUUAUGAUUAUCACGACUAUCGUGGAGGCUAUGAAGAUCCCUACUACGGCUAUGAUGAUGGCUAUGCAGUAAGAGGAAGAGGAGGAGGAAGGGGAGGGCGAGGUGCUCCACCACCACCAAGGGGGCGGGGAGCACCACCUCCAAGAGGUAGAGCUGGCUAUUCACAAAGGGGGGCACCUUUGGGACCACCAAGAGGCUCUAGGGGUGGCAGAGGGGGUCCUGCACAACAGCAGAGAGGCCGUGGUUCCCGUGGAUCUCGGGGCAACCGUGGGGGCAAUGUAGGAGGCAAGAGAAAGGCAGAUGGGUACAACCAACCUGAUUCCAAGCGCCGUCAGACCAACAACCAACAGAACUGGGGUUCCCAGCCCAUCGCUCAACAGCCGCUUCAGCAAGGUGGUGACUAUUCUGGUAACUAUGGUUACAAUAAUGACAACCAGGAAUUUUAUCAGGAUACUUAUGGGCAACAGUGGAAAUAGACAAGUGAGGGCUUGAAAAUGAUACUGGCAAGAUACGAUUGGCUCUAGAUCUACAUCCUUCAAAAAAAAAUUGGCUUAUCUGUUUCAUCUUUAAGUAGCAAUUUGCUGCCAUUUGUAUUGGGCUGAAGAAAUCACUAUUGUGUAUAUACUCAAGUCUUUUUAUUUUUUCCUCUUUUCAUAAAUGCUCUUGGACAUUAUUGGGCUUGCAGAGUUCCCUUAUUCUGGGAGUUACAAUGCUUUUAUCCUUUCAGGCUUCAUUUUAGCUUCAAAACAAGCUGAGCACACUGUUAAAUCAUGAUUUUGCAGAACCUUUGGUUUUGGACAGCUUCAUUUUUUGGAUUUGGGAUAGAUUACCUAGCAAUAUGGAGUAUGCUGUAAAUAAAAAUACAAGCUAGUGCUUUGUCUUAGUAGUUUUAAGAAAUUAAAGCAAACAAAUUUAAGUUUUCUUGUAUUGAAAAUAACCUAUGAUUGUAUGUUUUGCAUUCCUAGAAGUAGGUCAACUGUGUUUUUAAAUUGUUAUAACUUCACACCUUUUUGAAAUCUGCCCUACAAAAUUUGUUUGGCUUAAACGUCAAAGCCGUGACAAUUUGUUCUUUGAUGUGAUUGUAUUUCCAAUUUCUUGUUCAUGUAAGAUUUCAAUAAAACUCAAAAAUCUAUUCAAAACAUUA